AUGGGAUUCGGUAAUCAUACAGCAACCGCAUCCACCAGCGCAACAACAAACACAUCUACGAACUCCAAAGAAACAACGCCUGUCCAAGUCGCACUACGAGUACGACCUCUCACUUCGUCGGACCGAGCACAACCACGAUUUUCACAUUCAACCGAAUCCGAUGUCAUCAAGACAUUCGAAUCCAGCAUCACGGUUGUGCCACACCAGAAGGCAUUUUCAUUCGAUCAUGUGUUCGAUACAGAAAGCACUCAGGAACAAGUAUUUACUGCAGUAGCCUCCAGAAUGGUUGAUCGAUUCAUUGAUGGCUAUAAUGUCACUAUUCUCGCAUAUGGUCAAACGUCGUCUGGAAAAACAUAUACGAUGGGCACUGAGAUUGAUGACAAUCGACAACCAGAACAUGAAGGCAUUAUUCCACGUGCGAUGGCACAGCUGUUUCAGCAAUUGUAUCAACAACAACAUCCACAUCAUCAUCAACAGAAACAACACCCACAUUAUCAUCAACAGAAACAACAACAACAACAACAACAACCAGCCAUCAGUAAGAAUAGUCGGCGACCUGUCAGCACUACUGGACCAGCCGGCGGAAGCAGUGGGCUGCGUACACCCGGAAGCACAAAUAGCACCAGCAGGCGGAUCAUCCCUUGUGCAUCCAAUGCCAAGCUGCGGCCAUCGUCCAUGAUAACUCCCCCAACCACGUCCAACAGCAGUGGCAGUAACGGAAGUGGAAUUAACAACAGCAAUAGUGCUGCUGCUGCUGCUGCUCGUCGUGGAUCGACGCCAGCCUUGACGGUUACAUCAGAACACAGCAACAGUAAAACAUCACGGCAUUCUGUUAAGGUGUCAUUCGUCGAAAUAUACAAUGAAGAACUCGUGGAUCUGCUAAACCCAGCCCCGCCCACGGAACGGCCGCCUGUGACUAUACGUGAAGACACCAAGGGUCAAAUCUAUUGGACCGGUGUUAAGGAGGUUGCUGUGGAAAGUACAGAGGAUGUACUAAGGUACCUUCAAAUGGGCACCCUCAACCGUGCUACAGGAUCGACAGAUAUGAAUGCCAAAUCAUCACGGUCACAUGCCAUCUUUUCAGUCACCCUUAAGCAAGAGAAAUGGGUUAGCAACAAUGCUGCUGCUUCUGCUACUGCUGCUGCAGCCACGCCCAAGGCAUCCCUGUCGACGCAAGUUCGCAAUAGCCGUGAAGGUAGCCCAGCUCCAACAUCGUCGCGCUCGUCCAUGAUCGGCUCGCCCAUGAUGAAUCGCAGAUCGAGCACUUUGAACGUACGCGCCAUGGUGGGCCAGAUGGAAAAACGCCAGGUUCAAACCAUCGACAGCGGCGACGAAAACAAUAAUGACGACGACGGCAAAUGGGUCGUAAGCAACUCAAAGUUCCAUUUUGUCGAUUUGGCCGGCUCGGAACGAUUGAAACGAACCGCAGCUGAAGGCGAUCGACGCAAAGAAGGUAUCAACAUCAAUGCAGGUCUUCUCGCGCUCGGCAAUGUCAUUUCAGCCCUCUCCGAACCAUCUAAACGCUCGGCCCAUAUCCCGUACCGUGACUCUAAGCUGACGCGACUGCUGCAGGACUCGUUGGGUGGAAACGCCACCACCUUGAUGAUUGCCUGUGUCAGUCCUGCCGAAGUCAACUUGGUGGAGACCGUCAACACCAUCAAGUAUGCCCAUCGUGCAAGGAAUAUCAAAAACAAGGUUGAGCGUAACGAGGCCGAAGAAUGGAUGACCAAUGAUAAUCCUGAUUUUCUGCGCGGCAUAAUCAACAAACUCAAGACAGAAGUCCGUUCUUUAAAGUCUGCUUCUACUUGUACGUCGUCAACCUCUUCGUUACAACCACCAUCUCCUACUGUCAAGCAAUCACUACAAUCACAACAGCAGCAGCAGCAGCUACAGCAGCAGAUUCAACAGCCACAAUUACAUAAUGGUAAUCUAAGCCAGUUUGCUCCAAAUGGUCCACCCUCAUGCUCAGUCUCCGAUACAGAUGCACCACAUCCGAUUUCCACUUGCGGAUCGUCUUCAGCUACCACAACCAUUACGGUUCCUGAUGCCAAUGACUUGGACAAUCAGGCCCUUGUAGCUGAUCUUCGACGACAGAUCGAAGAGCUUCAGAAUGAAGUAACGGUGACACGCGAGCGAAAUCAGCUGGUCGAGACUGAACUGCGACAAGUUCGACACAAGAACAAAAAGAACAACAAAAACAACGGUGUGGCAACUGCUGCUACGGUGUCUGAUAUGGAUUUUCAACACUUGGUAGAGCCUGUAAUUGAAGAGUACGAAAAGUCGAUAUCUACGCUCGAGUCACAGCUCGCCAUGGUGCGUGCCGCCCUGUCACAUUCGGAUCAAGUGCUUGCAGACCAAGAGUCAAAAAUUACACAAUACGAAUCGAUGCAUGUGACAGAACAACAAGCAUUGAACGAGAUCAAGACACGUCUUUCGAAAUCCGUCGAGCGCGAGCAGACCAGUGAAAGCUAUAUUACUGAGCUCGAGGCCAAGUUGGCCAAGUCUGUGCAAGAUGCCAUGCAAGACCAGCACGUCCUCAACGAUCUCAAGACCAAGAUUGUCAAGCUCAAGGAGAUGGAUGAAAGCACCGAGAGCUAUAUCGGUGAGCUCGAAGGACGACUGUCCUCAUCUGAAAAGGAGCGAGAUCGAUUGAUUAAGAUGACCGAAGAAGCUCAAGAACGAUUGGUCGAACAAGGUGCCCAAUUGGACAAGAUCAAGCGACAGUUGUCGUUGACAGAGGCGGAUGCUACACAAAAGCUCUUGCUCCAGGAUCUCAAUCAGUCACAUGCUCGCUGUCGUGAGCUUGAGCAAGAACUGGCAGAACUGCGCGAAAGCUUUGAUAAAGUAACGACGUCAGAGCAUGAUGAUGAUGACGACGACGACAUGCUGCUUCUGCAGGAGCGAGGUGUUGCAGCACAUGGAUCCCUUCCGACUUCAACCAGUAACCGGUCCCUCAAGGACGAGCUUCAGCGCGAUCAAGACCAUGUCAAGAUUGAACAACUCAAACAACAGCUCGAGCAGAAAGUGAGCCAAAUUGAUGCAUUGGAAGACCAGAUCAUACAAGCAGACGCCACAACCCAACAUAAGAUCCAAGAGCUUCAGGAACAAGCCGAACGAAAAGAACGCGAGGUCAAGGAACUAGAGGAUCGUUUAACCGAGGUCGAGUCGCUACGUGACGAGCUUGCGAAAGCACGGGAUGGACAAUCGGAAGAAAUUGCCCGACUCGAAGCAUGCUUGGCGUCUGUCCGACAUGAUCUGGAUGCCAGCCAAGCCGAGCUGCAUGCACAGCGACUGCAAAACGACGCGCUGCAACAAUCCACUUUGGAGAGAAUUACCGAGCUUGAGUCGCAGAUUCAAUCCACCACCAAAACCGCGCAGGACCAGCAAAAGUCCGUGGUGGAAGAACUAGAGCGAGAAAAGAACCGAUUAGAAGCGAUGCUUCAAGAGCAAGAGCGCAAUGCUCAGUUGGCUCUAGCGACUCGCUUAGAAGAGCUGGAACGUGUCCAUGCCGAUGUGCACACACUCGUGCUGGUGCAAGCCAAGCAAGAUGCUAUUAUUGCCAGUUUGGAGCUCAAGAUGGAAGCUAUGGAGGAUCUUGUCGCUAGUCUGCGCGAGCAGCUUGCCGAUCGGGAUCGUCAGAUUGCCUUGCUCGAGAGUGACAAUAGCGAAAAGGCGCGGAAUACGCUUGAUUUGCAGAGCCAGGUGCAGCGGGUGCUUCACGAUGUUCACCAAGUAGGACAAGAGAGACAGCAACUCGACAAGGUCAUCGAGUAUCUUGAAACAUCACUCCGGAAGCAAGAUCUCAAGGCAGACAAGACAACCUUGGCUCUGCAGGAUCUGCAGGCUCGGUAUGCAGCGUGUGAGGCGGAUCUACAAAACAAGAUCCAGGCCAUCCAAGUUCUCGAAGGAGAAAAGAACAGUGUCUCGGAUGCACUGCGUGACAUGACCGACCGUGCCUUCAAGAACGAUCAAGUCAUUGCUUCCUUACGCGAGCAGAUGGAUGGUGUCUCUUUGCGGGAUCUUGAUAUGCGUCAAAAGGUGGACGAGUUGGAGGACCUGUUGCGCAAGGGCCAUGAAGAGCGCGGUGCGGUCAGUGACGAUCUUGUCACUACCAAGUCCAAGCUGGAGGCGGCACAGAUAUCGCUGGAAGCGCACAAUCAGCGUACCAGCAUGUUGGAAACGACCAUUGCACAGCUUGAAGAAACAAUCGAAACCGAGCGCUCUUUGGCGGCACAAGAUGACAUGUCGGGCAUGAUGGCUGAGUUGCGCGACAAGCUCCAAGUACUGACCGAGGCCAAGCAAGAUGUGCAGCAAGACUUUAAAGCAUGCUUGCGUGAGCUCGAACAGACGCGUCGCAUCAAUCAGGAUCAGGAAAACAUCAUUCAGUCGCUCGAAUCGUCGCUUCAGGCUAUGCAGACACGAUUGGAAGAGGCGGUCCAAAGUCAUACGCAGAAAUCCGACCAGAUUCAAUCAUUGCAAGAGCAGCUCAACAGCCGACGUCGCCUCACCAUUGACACCAACACAAGCCGAGACAGUGGGCUACCUGACGAACGCCGCAUGUCAGACCUAGUCAAGCGUGUGGAAGAGCUUGAGCGAGAAAACCAAAUCUUGUCGUCAAGCCAAUCGUCGUCCACCAACGGCAGCAGCGACGACCUGGGUCGACAGCACUUUGUUGUACCGGAUGACACGGCGCAAGACUCGGUACAAAAGCUGCAAUCACGAUUCCGGGACAAGCUCAGUGACAAGGAAGGUCAAGAGGAGCUGUUGGAGAAGUUGAUGCAAUUGAUGGGCGAAAACUCGCAAAUGUCGGUUCAAGUCAAUGAUUUGGAAGCACAGCUUGUGUUGCAACGAAGCCAGCUUACUCUGGAAAGCAAAAACUUGGAGUUGGAGGUCAUGAAAUUAUCGGCCGCCAACGAACGGUUGGAGAAGGAAAUGGAGCAAGCAAUGCCGCGUAGCCAGAGCAGCUUGAGUGGCAAUCUAGCGGGAGUUAUUAGCAGCAGCACAAGCAAUAACAACCAUGUCAGCGGCAACCGGGACUCGCUCUUGUUCACGUCGCCGCCACAGACGCCACGCGUAGCUUCACCACCGCCUAGCACUGCGCCCAACACAUUGCAUCAAAAACUCCAGCGAGACUGGUCAACAUCCAGUCUUGCGACAAAGCUGCAAAAGUCAGGAUCAUUGCGAUCCGUAAUCGCCGGUGAACCCUUCAUCACCACCGAUGAAACCAACCGUCGAGCGUCGACAAAUUCAAUGAUUCGGCCAACGGCAACGACGUCACUGACGACAUUGUCAACAUCACAACGCAACAGAGCACAAAGCACAGCAACGGCAACACAACUCCCACCGCCCACUGCUCCUCCUACCAACCCAUUACCGCCUGUGCCAUCACCGUCAUCCUCCACCAUGCCAUACACGAGCUCAACAUUGCAACAACAACAACAACAACAACCUGCACGUUCUGUUUCGACACCUUUACUCCAUCGCCAAAGCUCGAGCGGAAGCACGACGAUCAGCGACAUUCUGAACAGCAACGGCAACUUCACAUCCGACCAGUAUGAAAAGAUCAUCCGCUCACUACAACGGAAAGCGCAGGUGGCAGACAAUGAUGUGCGGGCGCACCAGGAAGUGAUUAGCAAGUUGGAAGCACAACUGUCACGCUCUGAGACUGCAGUGCGCGAUGUGAAACGGCAGCUGGAGACGCUGAAUCGCGAAAAGCAGACGUACAUCAUGGAGAUGGAGAACCUAAGGUCACAAGUGACAAGGGCUCAGGAUGAUGCCAGUGUCGAUUUGGAACGCGAGGAAAUCAAAAAGCUGCAGGAUGAACUGUCGAGUGAGCGCGUACUGAAGGAAAAGGCAGAAAAGGCGCGUCAUAUUCUAGAGCACCGGAUGGAAGAGCUCAUGUCCAAGAGAAACAAGUUUAUGUGUUUCUAG